CCCAUCAAAACCCCAAAAGCCCAAAAGACUUCCCAAAACCCCCAAGCAAACACAUAUGCAAAAGAACGAAAAAUUUUAUACAGAAGGCAAAGUGCAAAACAGUGAAUUUUUUUAUCAUUUUCUUCUCCUUUUUCAUCCCUAUUUGUCCCUAUUUUUGCCAGCCAUGAGCCUCAUUCUUGCUACAGUGCCUCUCCAUUGAAAGCUCUUAACAAGGCAAAGCUCUUCCUUUCUCUUCCUCUUGCAUUCUAUGAAGAGACCUAUUUGAGAGGGAGAGGAAGAGGAAGAGGAAGAGGAGCUACAAACCCAUCAAAAAUACUUCUUUUAUUACCUGAAAUCCUUAUCAAAAUCUGAACUUUUACAUUCUUGGGAGAAAUGGGUUUGAGCUAUGAAACUGCGUCUUCUAUCCUCCUCUGUGCUGAGGACAACAACAGCAUCCUCUGCUUUGAGGAUGAGCUAGAGGAAGAUGUCUGGGCUCCUCAGCAGCAAAGGAGUGAUCUUUAUGAAGAUUUCUUGAUGGGUUUUCCACUGCAAUCUGAUGAGUGCUUGGAUUUGAUGAUAAAGACAGAGGCUGAACAUCUUCCAAGAGAAGAUUAUGGGAAGAGAUUGAUCACUGGGGCCUUGGAUUUGUCAAUCAGAAGAGAUGCCAUUGACUGGAUUUGGAAAGCUCAUGCCCACUACAGUUUUGGACCAUUGAGCGCUUAUCUCUCUGUGAAUUACUUGGAUAGAUUCCUCUCAGCUUAUGAACUUCCACAAGGAAAGACUUGGAUGUCUCAGUUACUCUCUGUGGCUUGUUUGUCUUUGGCUGCCAAGAUGGAAGAAACUGAAGUCCCUCUAUUGCUUGAUUUACAGGUUAGCGAAUCAAAAUAUGUUUUUGAAGCUAGGACUAUUCAAAGAAUGGAGCUUCUUGUUCUGAGCACUCUCAAAUGGAGGAUGCAAGCAGUCACCCCUUUCUCUUUCAUAGACUACUUCCUUCACAAAUUCAAUGAUGGCAAUUCCCCAUCCAAGCCAUUGAUCUCUCGUGCAGCUCAGCUAAUAUUGAGCACAGCUAGAGGGAUCGAGUUUUUAGCAUUCAGGCCUUCUGAGAUUGCAGCAGCAGUUGCAAUGUCAGUAUUGGGAGAAACCCAAAUGGUGGAUAUUGAAAAGUUUGCAUCCUUUUGCAACAAUGUAGACAAGGCGAAAUUGUUGAGAUGCUAUGAAGUUAUACAAGAGGUGAUAUUUAUGAAGAGUAUGGGCCUAAAGAAUGCAAGUAGUCCGUCAAGUUCCUCUGCGCUGAGCCCAACCGGGGUUCUUGAUGCUGGAUGCUGCUUGAGCCAUAACAGUGAGGAAAGGGCUACUGAUACUCAUGAAAAUUCUCACAAUAGCUCACCUGCUAGCAAGAGGAGGAAAAUAAGCAGGCAUUUUGUUUCAUGAGCUAGUACAAAGAUUUGCAUUGUUCAGUUUAGUUUGGUUAGUGGGAGUUUUGGUGUGGACUGAAAUUAAAGAAGAAAAAUACCAAAAAAAAAAAAGAGGAAUAACCAGUUGCUCAUGCUUUCAAGAUGUUGAAGCACGCACCAGUUGUUUUUGUUCUUUUAUUUUUGUUUUCCUUGUGACAAGAAAUUAACUUUAAAAAAAAGAGAGGAGAGAAUUAGGAGAGGACGGGUUCCUUCAUUUAUAAAGGUAUUCAUUAUAAUUGCCAUUA